AUGGGACUUAAAGUACUUAUCUAUGCUGGUGACCAAGACUAUCCUUGUAACUGGCUCGGCAAUAAAGCAUGGACCGAGAAGCUCCUGUGGGGUCAUAAGGACGACUUUCAAGUAGCCCCUUAUCAGGAGUUCAUCGCCCCUGCUGUUGGACUCGGCGACAAUUCUAUUUCCGAGAUCGUCGUGGGCUCCAUGCGACAGUAUAAAAACUUUGCGUUCCUCCGUGUGUCGAAUGCUGGCCAUAUGGUCCCCAAGGAUAAACCAGUCGAAAGUCUGCAUAUGUUCAAACAGUUCUUGAAUGGCCGUGUGCCCGAGGCCGUUCCCUGA